AUGUCCGUGAACGAGUCUCACCCCGGUCGAGGACUAGGCUCUGCCAUCCGGAACCUGUUCCGCGCCUCGUCGCCCUCGCUGCCUCGCCGUCGAGUCUCGCUACUCCUACGUCGAAGCCGGACGGUGUUUUCUAACAAGUACCCCAAACAGCGGCCAGACCGUGCCGCUUCCGAUCCAGAUCCGACUGCGAUGUUGGGCCUUUCCGAAGCGUCUCAUAACGUCAAGGGUGACAAUUUCGACAUCUUCGAGUGGUAUCCUCAUUACCAAGCCUGUCAGCGGUAUUUUUUAGAUUAUGCACAACACAGUAGGCCCGUCCAGGCGCUUUCUGCUUACUUGAAUAUCCGGCUUCCGUUUCAGCGACAACCGCACCCGAUAACGAACUCGUCCGACAACACAACCCCAGAAACCAGCGAUGGAUUGGCUUCCCACGGAUCUCCAGCGGCAUCGAAUACAUCUCCGUCGGUCUCUUUGGUACCUUACAUCCGUCGGCUUGUGGCAACCGGAAUGGAUUAUCCAGGCGUGCUACACGGGUUCUUCGGCGAUGAAUGGCAAUCUGGGGUAGGGCGCCUGCACGAGCAAGAACGCUGCAAUUAUCUGUUCGCGGCGAAGAGUGGAGGCUGGGCUUCGGUGAAGAAGGACUACGACAUUUCUCCGUUAGAGACUAUUCCCUUUCUACAGCCAUUACAAGGACCCUUGGACUCGGAAAUUGAAGCGGCCGAGAGAAGAUGGAGCGAUUGGCUUGCCAUGGAAGAUUGGAUGGUUGGACCUCGAGCGCCGGACGCUCUACAAGAGACAUCCUCUCAGUCAUCACGACCACGGAGCGCACGGGGGUAG